AUGCCAGCGCACUCUCUCCUCUUUCAGCCGAGCCGCGACGUCGCCGCCCGUCCGCUUGUCGGCCUUCCCAUCUGCCGCCUCGUCAGCGAGAGCGUCCAGGCACUGCGUGAAAAACGCCUUCACCCGGGCGCUGUCGACGUCGGCCCUCCGCCCGCUCUCGACGGGCCAGGCGUCGCCCCCGUCCGCAAGCAGCAGGCGCAGCGCCUCGUCCUCGGCCAGACCCUUGUCCCAGCGCGCCCAGGCGUCGCAGUACCUCGCCCAGCGCUCCCGGCGCUCCCUGCGCAGCCUCCGGUCCCGACCCCUGCGCAGCCUGGCCUCGAGCGCGUCGUCGACCCUGCCGGCGUCGUCCCGGGCCCGCCUGUCCCUGGCCCUCUCCUCGUCCCGCUCCGCCCUCUCCCGCCGCCUCCGCUCCCUCGCCUCCAGCAGGCCCGCGUGCGUCUUCUCCCACAUCUUGGCGCGUAUGUGCGCCGCGUACUCGUCCUCGGUCAUGGACUCGAGCUCGCCGCCGCCGCCGCCGCCCAGCGUGUGGAUCGGCUGCCCGUACACGCCCUCCCAGUACGCCGCGCCCUCGUCGUCCGCCAUGGCGUCGAACAGCGACUCGCGGAACGCCGCGUCCGGGUCAAGCGGCGGGCCAGCGAAUGGGUCUUCGGGCUCGGGGUCUGGCGCUUUUUCUUCUUCCCUGUCGCGCCGUCUUCGCCGGUGCCGGUGCCGGUGGCUCCUGCUACUCGACUCUUCCUCGCCGUGGUCGUGACGUCGGCUGCGUCUGUGCCGGCCAUCGUCUUCUUCGUCGCGGCGUCGGCGGGACGGCCGGUCCCCGCGCGGAACUUGCUCGGCCUGCUGCCCGAGUACGAGUCGUUCAUGUCGCUCCUCAAUGACUGUACCUCUUCCUCUGCUUCGGCGUCGCGCGAUGUGCGGUCUGACGGCUGUGGCUCCUGCGGUCGGGUUCGCUUCGGCGAUGCCCGGGAGGCGCUCUGGGGCAAUUGCGGGCCUUCGGUCUGGUAUGGAUUUAUCGAGGAGAGGAUGCGCGCCCGCUUGGACGGCCUUUCUGAGGGAUCGUGCAUCAUGACAUCGAGAUUACAUGAACAGAACAAGGACCUUGUUCUGAUCCACUUCGGCCAAUCCCACCUAUGCCCUCCUGACAAAAUCGCCAACGACACCCCCGAGCUGGCUAAAGAGCACGCCCUUGAAGAUGGCCUCGCCCAUCUCCUCGCCCCAGUGUCCGGCAGCCUUGAGCUUCUCCUUCCAGGCGGUCCGCUGAGCGACCGGCAGCUCCUCCCACGCGACAGGGGACCCGCCCUCCUUAAAGGAAGAGGCGUCAGCCCCGCCGUUGGCCUGGUCGGAUCCGCCAGCGUCCCCAGCGACGACUACGUGCGGUGCAAAUUCUAUCCCGCUCUCGCCCUCGCCCUCGCGGAGCACCACGGGCCCGUCGGCCUCGGCCAGCCUUUGCAAGAGGGGUCUAGCCUCGCUGCUGCCCUUGCCACCCGCCAGCUGGCGGGGGCAAACUUCCUGACGCCGAGGAUGGGCUUGUCCGUGAAGUGGCGGAUCUCGAGAAAGCUCUGCAUGAUGAUGGCCAGCAGCAAGACACCCACCCCAAAGAUGGUAAACACCGUCCUGGGCGAUGGGGCUUUCGAGGGUGCCGCUACCACGUAUCGUGCGGGCUGUUUUGGUUUGAUGGGGUUCGAGGCGCGACGUGCGCCCUUGGUUGACGUUGUUACCUUUUCGGACCCUGGCGUGGCUAACUUCUUCAGCGGGAUGGUGUGUACGACAGCCGUGUUUGCGACUGAAACGGAAGCAAGUUUAACCACAGGCGGGCGCCGUGCAGAGGAGCCCGGGCCAGCGGGAGUUGUCGUCGCCGCCGCUGCCGCUGCCGCCUUGGCCGAUUUGGUCGACUUUGGUGGGGAAGUGCUAGAUGUGAUGAGACCGGCGGAGGUAGGUACCGGUGGGUAG